AUGCAAGAAUUUGAAUUUUUAUACAAUAAACCAACUGGAUACAUAGAACCAGGUAACAUCCUUGAAGAAUUAAAUGAAGGACCACACCCAAAAUUAUUUACACCUAUUAAAAUAAGAGAAUUAGAAUUAAAAAAUAGAGUAGUAGUUAGUCCAAUGUGCACAUAUAGUAGUAAAGAAGGUUAUGCUAGUGAUUUUCACUUGACUCAUUAUGGAUCUUUUGUUAAAUCAGGUGCUGGUUUAGUAGUUGUUGAAGCUUCAGCUGUCACAAGAGAACAACGUAUAUCAUUUAGUGAUUUAGGAAUUUGGAGUGAUGAUCAUAUUCCAAACCUAAAGCGUAUUGUAGAUUUUGCUCAUAAAUAUGAUAGUAAAAUUGGUAUUCAACUUUCAGCUGCUGGUAGAAAAGCAUCAACACUUCCACCAUAUGUAGAUAAUUCAGAAUUUUCACAUAAGACAGUUUUAGAAGAUGACCCAUCUGGCAAUGGCUGGAAGGUUUCUGGUAUCUCACCAAUUGCAUGGAACAGUUCAAUGGUUGUACCAAAAGAAAUGACCAAAGAUGAUAUUGCUGAAUUAAUUGAUUCAUUUAAAAAAGCAACCAUUCGUUCCAUCGAAGCUGGUUUUGAUGUUAUCUGUUUACAUUUUGCACAUGGCUAUCUUUUAAGUAGUGCUCUUUCACCAACUUCAAAUAAAAGAACCGAUGAUUAUGGUGGUUCAUUUGAAGGUAGAUUCAAGCUUGCCAAAGAUAUUAUUUUAGCCGUAAGAAGUGUAUGGAAUGGUCCACUUACAGUACGUAUAUCUUGUGACGAAUAUAUUGAAGGUGGUUGGACUAGUGAUGACUCUGUUAGAUUUUCAUUAGAAAUUGAAAAAUUAGAUGUAGAUUUAAUAGAAUGCUCAAGUGGUGGUAAUUCAUCUGCUGCCAAAAUCAAAUCAUUCCCACUCUACCAAGUCCCAUUGGCUCACCAUAUUAAAAGAUCAGUUUCAAAACUUUUAGUCGGGGCUGUUGGUUUAAUUAACAAUGCUGCAGACGCCGAAUCAGUAUUACAAGAUAAUAAAGCCGAUUUAAUUUUAUUUGGUAGAGGAUUUUUAAGAAACCCUUUCUUUACCCUAGAACUAGCAAAUCAAUUAAACCUUAAAGUUGAAUAUCCUCUUCAAUACGAUAUGGAAAGAAAUUUAAUUUAA